AUAAUCAAAAAAAAUUUGUCUCUGAAAAUAUCAUAAAAGAUAUACAAAAUCUCAAGAAAAUGGCGAAUUUCAUGUGUUUCGUUAUCCUCUCCCUGGCCCUGUGCGCCAGCGUAGCCGUGGCGCGUCCUGGAUAUGCUGUGGAUUACUAUGAUCAUCCCAAAUAUUCGUUCAACUAUGGCGUUGCUGAUCACAGCACAGGUGAUGUAAAGUCACAGCAUGAGACUCGCGAUGGAGAUGUGGUCAAGGGCCAAUACUCUCUGGUUGAGCCCGAUGGCUCAAUUCGCACCGUGGACUACACAGCUGAUCCAAUUCAUGGCUUCAACGCUGUUGUCACCAAGUCUGGACCCACUGUGCACGCCCAAUCGGUAGUCACCAAGCCAAUUGUGGCGCACAAGCCAAUUCUGAGCCACUACGAGCCACAUGUGGCUCAGGUGGCUGCGCCCAUCGUUGUUGCCGCCUCGCCAGCGCCUUACGUCUCGAAGCAAUAUGCGCCCGCUGCUGCGCCCAUUCACUACGACUACGAUGAUGGCAGCUACUACAACCAGGCCCAAUACGAAUAUGUGCCACAAUACGAUGCAGGACACUAUGGACACUACGCUAGCCCCUAUGCGACACACUAUUAAAGUGUGGAACGAGCAACACUUGCUACUUAGUGCUCUAAACCCAUUUAGUUAGAUCCGGUUGCAGCCGUGUUUGCUCGCACACGCUCUCUAAGCAAACGCAUUGAUUCUGAUUAUAUUAAUAAUGAUAUGGAUGCUAAUUUAAGUUGUGAAUUUUCUUAUGUAAAG